CGUACCGGUUAUGGCGUCUGAGGUGCUUCUAUUUUUUCUAAUGUCGUGCGAAGGUCGUUCCUAUUGUCCGAGCCAAAAUGCUGCUUGGAGAUUUGGCUGCGGAAGCUGAAGCAGAGGGUGGCCUAUUGGUGGGAAGCCUCUUCAUCGAAGUCGCCUGUUCAUCCAAAGCCCAAAGAUAGACAUAGACUUGGUCGAAGUGAGUGCGGCUUAACCUCUCCAUUGUCUCCUUCGAGCGCCCCGAUACGAAAACCGAUAACAAAGACCGGCAACCAAGUCGCGCUUGGCGAUGGGCAAGCGUAGUCGCGACAGCAGCGCCACCAGCAACACCAUGAGCAGUAUGCCUAGCUCCACUGUUGGCACCAACUAUGGUACGAUGGUGGACCUGGAGCCGGGUUCUUCGCCUGAGACCCGACCCGCCGCCAGCGCACUGGUGAAUCCGGUGCCCGCUGGUCCUGUGACGGCUUCGGGCUCCAAAAAGUCUGGACGUGAUGGCAAGAAUAUAUGGGAUGAGUAUUACCCUCUCGUGCAACCAGCGCAUCAGUAUCACCACCGCAAUGACCGCGGCUCGUCCAACUACUUUUUCCACGGCAUGUUCUCGGCCGACGUCAUGUGGGCUUAUCGCGACGCAGUCAUCGCCUACCUCGUGUCGCUCUAUUCAAUGGUGGUGCUUUCGCUCACAGGCUUGGUAUUCUGCAAGCAGUGGGGUAUCUCGGCCAACACACCCAUUGUAUUUGCCUUCCGCUGCCUUUGGUUCGUUAGUCCUGCGAUAGCAUCGCUUGCACUACGGAACAUAGCGAAGCUGAGGCUCCAGGCAUGCAACACACCGCCGCAUUGGAAUAUCCCGCCGCUGUACCACCUAUUCAGGAGUUCCCAUUCAUCAAGAUCCACGUUACGACUUGCACUGCUCAGCUACGCGAUCCCAGUUCUGUGUGAAUUGGCAGCAUUUUCGUUUACUGCUGCGACGAGGAUGGUGAACCCGUUUAACCGCACCUUCGUGCGAAAGCUGGAGAUGGUAUUCAGCUUUAAUGAUGUAGAGGCGCUCGACUCCGGGUUGGUGUUCUAUGUGUUUUAUAUCAGCUUCCUCGGGAUCUUUUGGGAUCCAGUGCCACCGCAGCGAUACGACGUCGGGCUCUCGAUGGGUCUCCGACCUUUAGGUACAAGCUGGUUCUUCUUCGCAAUGAUUCAGGAAAUUGGCUGGAGCGGAUCCCUUUUCCCAGCGCUGGAGAUUGUCUUCAGUCAUUCGACCAUUCUAGCGUCGGCUAUUACUGGGUGCAUAUGGGCACUCUGGCACUGGCCCAUGAUCAUCGCCGACGCGCUGGAAGUGGUGCCGAAGGGUUCCGGCUACUCUGUCGCUGAAACGCGGGAAUUCCAUCUGCUCUACGUGCUGGCAGUAUUCACGCUGUUACUAGUUGGCUCCCGCAUCAUCAUGUGCUGGAUCCAAGGCAAUUCCAGCUACGUCAUUUGGUCCAGCGUCGUCUACCACUCCACACACAAUCUUUUUAUUACCUCGGUGUUCGGACAGUUAACAGCCCCACUCCACGAGAAGGCUCAGCUUUUCAGCUUCUUCAGCUCGGAGGCGUCCGUUUGCCUGCUCGUGACUGUUUGGUUCUCCACGUGCAUCCUCUCGCAGAUGUUCCGAUGGACAAACCUCAUGCCGAUGCUACGCCGAGCAAAUCCAAGGGCUUCGCGUGCGCUCGCAGCCUAAUGCGCAGCUAUUACCAAUGCUGCUUUCACGUGCAAUAUAAAAAGUAAAAGUUGAAGUCUGAACGUUGAAGCUGGUGUACUUAGCCGGAUUGCUACUGUACUAGAUCUUGAGUCAGAACCGGACCAAUUUAACUCGAUCUUGUGUCCGAAUAGUGCAAAAACAGUGUCUUCCUGCCCCAAUUA